AUGGAUGGUACGAGUGACGGUUGUGGCGAAGGUGGUGAAAAAGGUGUAGGUGGAUGUGGAUUGUUGAUUAGAACCACGUUUAUAUGGAAAGUAUUUGGUGGAGAUGGAGUGUUUGGGCUCAGUUGUGGAGAUGGAAAGAUUGGGUUAGUGAACGCGAACACAUGCUUAUCAAAUUUUACACGGCGCACAUCUUUGGGUCUAAAUUGGGAAAAGUGUCAUUUUACGGUUAAAGAAGGCAAAGUUUUGGGUCAUAAGAUAUCCGAGAAGGGGAUUGAGGUUGAUAGAGCCAAAAUUGAAGUAGUGACCAACUUAGCACCGCCAAACUCGAAUCAAAAGGAUAAGAAGUUUCUUGGAUCACGUUGGGUUCUAAAGAAGACUCAUUAA